AUGUCGUCUAAUAUCCGCAACUUCUGCACUGAUACUGAUUACAAAAUCCGGACACCCAUAAACUUUGGCAUCCACUUUGUUCCCCAGCAGACAGCCUAUGUAGUCGAACGUCUUGGUCAGUAUAUGACGAUCUUGAAUCCAGGCCUUAAUUAUUUGAUCCCAUUCGUCGAUAAGGUCCAAUACGUACACUCGUUAAAGGAGCAGGCAAUUCUGAUAUCGAAACAAACUGGGAUUACAAAAGACAAUGUUCCAAUUGAAAUGGAUGGUGUGCUAUACAUCAGAAUUGUUGAUCCUGUUUUAGCUUCAUAUGGAGCAGAGGACCCUAUUUACGCUGUGGUCCAGUUAGCGCAAACUACAAUGAGGAGUGAACUUGGGAAAAUUACACUUGAUAAGACUUUUGAAGAGCGAGUUGAGUUGAAUAGAAACAUACUUAAGGCUAUUAAUGACCGGCCAUUACGUACUGAUUGGGGAAUAGAGUGUUUAAGGUAUGAGAUUAAAGAUAUAACACCACCCAAAGGUGUUAAAGUGGCUAUGGAGAGACAAGCUGAAGCAGAGAGGAAAAAAAGGGCUCAAGUACUAGUUUCUGAAGGGCAACGACAAGCGGAUGUUAAUGUUGCAGAUGGGAAGAAAAUGGCUGUGAUUUUGGAAUCUGAGGCUGCUAAAAAGGAUCAAGUAAAUAGGGCUAAAGGUGAAGCUGAUGCUAUUUUUGCUAAUGCUCAAGCGACGGCACGAGCAAUUUCUGAGGUGUCACGAGCAAUUCUUGAAAAUGGAGGUGCUGAUGCUACUAGUCUGAGGAUUGCUGAGCAGUAUGUUGAAGCGUUUGAGAAGAUAAAUAAGGUGGGAACUGUAUUGUUAAUUCCUGAAGAUGCUGAUGAUACUGCUAGCUUAAUUUUUCAAGCAGUUACUAUACACAGUAAACUUUCAACUAGUAAGUAGUAGUAGUAUGAAUUUUUAAGUAGUAGUAGUACUAUGAAUUUUUUUUUGGGGGAGUGGGGUUUUACAUUAUUGU